AGACGCUUUCCCAGCUUCCGGAAAUGCGUGGCUGGGAAGAAAAAUGGCGUAUAGCCCACUGCAUAUACCUCUUAUAUGUGUGGCACCAACGCAUUCGUUUAGCCCUUUCCUUUUGUCUGUUUUCGUCGCUUUUGCAGCAUUACAAACAAUAAAAUCCGAAGAUGUGUUCAGUGCGAGCCGCACGGCUUCAGUGUCAAUCUCUGCAGCAAGGGAUCUUCGGUACCUUUUAUAUGAUGUAAACCCACCUGAAGGGUUUAAUUUGCGAAGAGAUGUCUACAUCCGCAUGGCCUCACUGGUCAAGACUUUGAGGAAAGAAGGGGAUGACUGGGUAUUGGUCCUCCCCCCUUGGGGUCGACUCUAUCACUGGCAAAGUCCUGACAUCCACCAGGUUCGUAUCCCAUGGGGAGAGUUCUUCAGCCUGACCAGCCUGCAAGCCAACGUACCUGUUAUUGAGUAUGAGGAAUUUAUUGCUGAAAACGGAGGGCCUUUCAUAGACCAGGUGCUUGUGCUACAGAACUAUGCCGAAGGAUGGACUGAUGGAAGAUGGGAGGAAAAAGUUGAUGAGCGUGCAUGCAUUGAGAAGCUACUGUACACCAAAGAUAAACAGGGCUACUACAGGGGCUGGUUUUGGGGCUAUGAAGAAACAAGGGCUCGGAAUGUGACAUGUUUAUCAGCUCAAGGCCAUGCAUCCAUCAUGGCCCCAGUUCUUCAGAAAAACUUCACAGCAAUCUCAGUCAUGCUUGACAGAGCAGAGACUCUCCUACAUGAUCACUAUGCUGGAAAAGACUACUGGAAUACCCGGCGCAGCAUGGUUUUCGUCAAGCACCUGCGACUCAUAGGGGAUGAUUUCAGAGCAAAAUAUCUGAACUCCACAGAUGACACAGACCGUACACUAUAUAAUGAAAACUGGACCCGCAUGAAAUCCAAGCCUGGCUCUGCUAUAGGAGGUCCAUAUAUUGGGGUUCAUCUUCGCAGGAAGGACUUCAUCUGGGGUCACAGAGAUGAUGUGCCCAGCCUGAAAGGGGCAGCCAAAAAGAUACGCAGUGUGAUGAAGAAACACAAGCUUCAGACAGUGUUUGUUGCAACUGAUGCAGACGGAGAAGAACUGAGAGAGCUGAAAAGAUUGUUGCCAGACAUGGUGCGGUUUGAGCCAUCCAAAGAGGAUCUGGAGCUGCUCAGAGAUGGAGGAGUGGCUAUUAUUGACCAGUGGAUAUGUGCUCAUGCAAGGUUUUUCAUUGGGACAUCAGUUUCCACCUUCUCUUUUCGGAUUCACGAAGAAAGAGAAAUCCUGGGGUUUGAUCCCAAAACCACGUACAACCGAUUCUGUGGAGACUCUGAGAAACAAUGUGAACAACCCACACACUGGAAAAUUGUUUAUUAACUUUACCUCCACCUCUUCUGAAGCACAAGUGCCAAAAGCAGUAUUACAACUGACAGAUUUAUGAAAAAAGAUCUGUUUGGGGAUUUUUCAUGGUUUCAGUGUUAGAUGGCCACUGUGUUUGAACUUUGUGCUUAAAAGGCUCAAUCUCUGCUGCUCAACAGUGUCGGCUUCAGAAAUGUAAUUUGUAUAUAGUUUUAUUUAGAUCGAUGGUCUGUGAAUCUUUCAUAAAAAAAGGGUAUUGUAUUUAUUGCGUUAUAUUUCUAACUCACAAGUGGAGUGAAUUAUGUUAAGUGGAGACUGACACUAGUGUAUGACUGUAUUUGAUUUAGAUUUGAUAUUAUCAACAAUGUUUUUUACUGUUUAAGAAUUCUGAAGUAUUUUAAGAAUAAUGUAUAAAAAAAUCAAAAGCACAUCAAGAGGAAGGAACCAAAGCUUGCUAGGCUUAAAGAUCUACCAUUCAAUAAAGAUUUGUUUACAGAAAGUGUAUAUGCAUAACUGAAAUUAAUUUUUUUAUUCCUAAAAAAGCAAUGUAAAUAAAAUGAUUAAAGAUUUGG